GUGGGUUGUUCUAAUUAUACGUUAGCUGAUUUGAUCUCGAUCGAAAGUCAAUCAAAACAGAAAGUUACCAAAAUGAUCCCAACAGCAGCUGAUCAGUUUUGCAGUGCAGCCUCUAACGACUUUGAUUUCCCUAUUAUUGAACGAAAAACUGCUACCUACGACGAUUUACCGGAAUUCAAAGAGCAAUUUCUUAUUAAAAAGCAUGUUUAUACACAACAAUAUGCAAGUCUUUACUAUAUUCGACUCUUAAAACUACGACACUAUCUACUAAAGGCUUGUCAAGAUAAGUGGGAUUGCAUUCCUGAAAAACCACAGUACGUACAAAAGACUCUAGAUUUACAGCCUGGACAACUAUCCUAUAUGCUGGGCACAAUUUAUAUCGAAAUGCCAAAGAAACCAAACGUCAUUAAUGAUUUGGAAGAUGAAGAUACUAUUAUUAAUCCAGAAACACCUGCAAAAUACAGAAGUGAUGAUGAUAUCAUUUCUCUGGAGGAUGAACAUGGACGUGUUAAAAUUCAUGGAUCCUGUCUAAAUAGAGAGUUCUUAAUAACAGGUUUAGUUGUAGGUAUAUUGGGUAAAGAGAUAUCCACAGGUGCAUUUGAAGUUUUGGAUAUUUGUUUGCCAGGCAUGGCCGAGCAAGAUCCAUUACCAUCGAUCGAUAACAAUGAACCUGAUAAAUUCGUUGCACUAUUAUCAGGAUUGAGUAUAGGCGCCGAUGAUCAAUCAGAUGUCAAAACACAAUUACUAGCAGAAUUUUUAGGUGGUGAACUGGGCAGUGGUGAGGAUGAGAUCUCUAGUUCGUGUAUAACGAGAGUUAUAUUAGCUGGUAACUCAGUGAUGAAGCCAAAGAAAGAGAAAGAUAUGAAGAAAGCUCCCAAAAGAUAUGGAUAUGAUUUUUCAACUUUCGAUGCAACACCAAUGUUGCAGUUUGAUGAGUUAUUAGAAGAUCUUUGCACCUCUAUUGACGUAGAUAUUAUGGCGGGACCGACGGAUCCAGCUCCUUCUCACUUUCCACAGCAACCUAUGCUAGCAUCACUAUUCAGAAAUGCACGAAAGUUGUCCUCAUUCCACACUGUUACAAAUCCAUAUUGGUGUAAAAUUGAUGACGUUUCAUUUUUGGGUACGUCGGGACAAAACCUGAAUGAUAUUUACAGAUACGUUAAUUCUGAAGAUCGCGUUAAAAUGGCAGAGUCUUGUAUGUUUUGGCGUCAUAUAGCACCUUCUGCACCCGAUACUCUAUGGGCUUAUCCUUUUAUUGAUAGAGACCCUUUCAUACUGGAGAAGACUCCUCAUGUUUACUUCAUUGGAAACCAACCUCAAUUUGAAGAUAGUUUAUUGUACGGCCCUAAUGGCCAGAAAGUUCGAAUUGUUUUGGUACCUUCUUUUGAAAAGACAGGCAUUUUAGUACUCUUGAAUCUAAGAACUCUCGAAUGUACCGCUAUUCAAAUUGACGAAAACGGCAUUAAAUCCAUACAAUCGCAUUCGCAUAUAGAAGAAGAUGUUGAUGAAAUGGAUGAAUCGCUGUAAAGUCAUUUUCAUGCAAUAAAGACUGAUACCGUUUUGUUCUUUUUCCGUC